CCUCUCUCGAAAUCUCUUUCAGCCAUCUCCUACAAACAUUGAAAGACCUCUCCAAAAUGCCUGUCGUCGUUAGAUUUGAAGAUCCUGAUCUAUUUUAUAAUGACUCCUCCCCUGCCCAUAUGAUCCUUGAACGCAAUGGCAUUCAGCGAGGAGAAUACCGAGUACUUAGCGAGAUGCCUCCAAUAAUAAUCCUUCCACAGUUGGACGACGCUGCUAUUGGUGAGCUUAAGAGUUUAGGUCAAGUGGAGGUCGAGGUACACAAUUAGAUAUACACUGGAAUAUAACAUCAAUCCUUUAUUUUACUGAGCGAGAUAGAAGCAAUGGUACAAGUAGUUGCUUACUA